AUGGCAGCAUCAAGUAAUUCAAAGUUAAGAAGCUCUGCAUUUUCAUUUCCAAAUCUCAUACUUUCAUGCCUAAACUUAAUCCUCUUCACACUUUCUUGUACAUCACUUCUUCCAAUCCUUCUCCUUAAAACACCUCCAACUUCCUUAGGCUAUGCUCUCUUAAUCUCUUCCUUUGUCUCAAUCUUAUCUUCCUUCAUGGGCUUUUACUCUCAUCUUACUCACUUUUGCUUCCUAACCCAUGUCUCCUUCCUCUUCGCCUCGCUCGCUAGCCAAGUCCUUAGCUUCCUCACCCUCUUUCUAAAGGAAAAAACGAGCCUCUCGAUGCUCGAUUCAUCGAGAGACCCGAGAGAGGCAAAGGUGUUAGUGUGGUCAGAAUGUGGGAUUUUGAUUGUUAUGUUUUGUUUACAAGUUGUUGUUUUGGUGUUGAGUUGUGGUAUUCAUAGGUGUUGGGUUAGGGAGUAUGAAGGAUGGGAGGAAGAAAGGGAGAAAAUGGAGAGGAAAAGGAGUAUAAGGAUUGAUGAGGAGUCUAUGGUUAAUUUGGCUAAGAUUUCUGAGGUUCAAGCUAAGAAGUUAGAUGAGAAGGUGAAGACUCAAAAGAGACUUGAAAAAGAGACCUCCAAGGCAGAAGAGUUCAAUUAUAUCAUAAAUUAUAUCAAAAAUAGUAAGUUAGAUCAAAAUUCAAGUCUUAGAAUCACUUUCUCUAAGUAA